AUGGCUAUAUCUUCGCAGUCUUGCCGAAUAUGUUUAUCAGUGUCUGAAUUCAACGUUUCUUUAUUCGGUACUUAUUGCACAAAUACAAAUAUGAUUGACAAGAUAUUGGUGUGUCUAAAAAUUGUUAUAGAGAAAACAGACAGACAAAAUACUAUUUGUUACAAAUGCGCGGAGAACAUCGAACGAUUUUAUGAUUUCAUAACGACUGUAAAGAAAUCGCAGUACAUAUUCGAUAAACAAGAACAUUUUUCAAGGCGUCCUACUUCUAUAAACACUCAUAUAACUUCCUAUAUUCGAGAGGAAGUAGUUGACGCCGAUUGCACUUUUUCAUGUAUGGAGUUGAGACGUAACAACGAGAACAAAGAGUCAAAGCAGUCGAGUCCAUUUUUUUCAUAUUUUGCACCUCCACCUCCGUUUCAGAGAGCAUAUGACAAUUCCCGCCCAUGUUCUCAAAAUAUACAGAUCGACGACUGUUUGAAACGUAAACCGGAGAAGCCAAAACAACUAUCAGGCGACAUAUUUGAGUCUCAACCUGACUUCGAGGAGUUGGAUCGCUCUCAAUGGAAAUUGAGCCGCGAUCAGAGUCUCAUGAAAAAAAUAAGAGAAAAAUGUUUCGGUCGGUCGGAUUAUUAA